AUGAGUGCACAAACACCCUCGCGCCGGCUGGGGCUCGCCGCCCUCGCCGCCUGCCGUCCCCGCGCGACGUGCUGGGCGCCCGCCAGACGUCUCCCCGUCGCCGCCCAGCGCCAUCUCUCGCUCCAUCCCAAGCCCAAGGCCGCCUCGGAGCCGGACCUGUCCAACCCGAUGCUCGAAGACUACCUAGCGAAGCAGGGACGCAAGCCCAAGUCGGGGCGCCCUACGAUCCGCGAAGGCACCCUCUCCAGGCACAAGUCCUCGCUGUUUCUCCCCGUGCGCGAGCUCCCUGGCUAUCGCCCCGGCAUGCCGCCUAAGGAGCUCCAAGAGCUCCGCCGCCAAAUAAAGGAGAAGGAGAAGGCCGCACAGAAGCAAAACGACGAGAAGCUCUCGUCAAUGAUCCUCGAUCCCGCGCCCGAAGCCCGCCGGAAGCUCGAACGCCGUCUGGUGAUCAAGAGCCUCAAGAAACACGGCCGCAUGACCAAGGCGGAGAAGCUGAUGCGCACCGAGCGGCAGAGUCUGUACAAGUCGCACUUCCUGCCCACGUCGGUGAAGAAGUUGACCAAGGUCAUGAACCAAAUCGCCGGCAAGACAGUCUCCGAGGCCCUCGUCCAACUCCGCUUCUCCAAGAAGAAGACUGCUCGUGACGUUCACAAAGGCCUCCUCAUCGCACAGGAUGAAGCCAUAGCAGCACGGGGCAUGGGUCUGGCCGACAAGAAACAAUCACUGCAGCGCUGGACCGAGCAGCGAAAUGCGCAGGAUCCAGGCGUCGUCCCCCUGCCAACGGGGAAGAAGUUGAGGGAAAUGGAGGCAGCGAACAAGAUCAUCGAGCUCAAGGACGGGACGAAGAAGGUGGUACGGGACCCGUCGGAGAUUUACGUGGACCAGGCGUGGGUGGGGCGCGGGGAGCAAUGGAAGACCCCGGAAUUCAGGGCAAGGGGACAGGUCAACAUGCUGACGCGCAGGACGACAAGUUUCUCCAUCCUCCUCAAGGAAGAAAAGACACGCGUGCGUCUGUCAGACGAGAUCAAGAAGAAGAGGGACAACCGCAAACUCUGGACCGCACUACCCGACCGCCCAAUCACGGCACAGCGACAGUACUGCUUGUGGUAG